UCAAAGUUGACCGGCUCGGCUAUCAUGUCUUUGUUGCUUCUGUAGCAUCGCAAAUCUUGUGAGUCCAAGUGUAGAAUAGAUGGAAGAACUGCAUUUAUCGUCUUAGAAGAAACUGAUUAAACCGUAUCUAUAAAAGUUGUGAUGAUCUUCAAGAACUGAGUGAAAUUGUUCAGAGUUGUUUGGGUGGGGGAAAUCGCAGUAAAGCUUUGUUUGCUCAACAUGCAUGUUGGUUUUAUUGAAGUAAAACCUGCCAAAAGAUGGAAGAAAAACUGAAUGGAUCACUGCCUGUUGUCUCCCCGGAGUAUCUUCAUCAGUGGGUUCGCUCGGCCCAGCAAUUUCAAGCCCUCCAGGCUCAAUACGCCAACUUUGACCCCAAACAUCAGUUUCACUACCCAGAGAAUCACACUGGAGAGGCAGCUGAGGCGCACAUGGCAAACUCAGAACCCACGAUGGAGCAGAUGGAACCGGCCAACCUGACUAAACCCCCAGCUAAAAAGAGAGGCAGACCAGCACAACCCAAGGAACCAGGUGCACCCAAACCACCAAAAGUUGCCAAGGCUCCAAAAACAAAAGCACCCAAGGACCCCAAUGCGCCAAAAGCCAAACCAGGUCCAAAGCCUAAAAAGGCAGCCGAAGCUCCGGCUGAUGGAAAACAGGAGAAGAUAGACGAGAGCUUCAAGAAGGUGAAAAGGAAAGUGGACCGCUUCAAAGGGAUGUCAGAGGAAGAAGUCAUGACAAAGACUUUACCAGACCUGUUGGAUUACAACCUGGAUUAUGUCAUUAUUGGUAUCAAUCCGGGACUGAUGGCAGCUUUUAUCGGUCGCUGGUUUCCAGGUCCAGGAAAUCAUUUCUGGAAAUGCCUGUAUCUGUCUGGAUUCACAGAGGAGCAGCUCAACCACAUGCAUGACACAACGCUGCCUGUCAAAUACAAAAUGGGCUUCACCAACAUGGUGUCGAGAACAACACCGGGGAGCAAAGACCUCUCAAGUAAGGAGUUACGUGAAGGAGGCAAAAUUCUCGUGGAGAAGCUGAAGCAAUAUAAACCACUUAUUGCUGUGUUCAAUGGAAAAUGUAUAUAUGAGAUGUUCUGCAGAGAGCUGUUUGGCAAAAAACCACAAAAACUUGAAUUUGGUUUGCAGCCGCACAAGAUCCCUGACUGUGACGUGGCUCUGUAUCUGAUGCCUUCAUCCAGCGCCCGCUGUGCUCAGUUUCCUCGCGCUCAGGACAAAGUCCACUUCUACAUUAAACUGAGGGAGCUCAGAGAUCAGCUGAAGGGCGUUCAAAGAAGCACUGAGAUCGAGGAGGUGGACUACUCGUUUGACCUUAAGUUAGCUAAAGAGGAUGCCAAGAGGUUAGCAAUUAAGGAGGAGCAGUAUGAUCCAGGUUAUGAAGACGCUUAUGGUGGAGCGUAUGUGGAGAAAGGGCCUGAAGACCUCCAGACUAAAAGUCAGAUUAAUGGUCACUGUACAUUCCCAUCUGCUGCAAACUCAGAAGGAGCUCAGGAGGCGACCACGUCACAAACAGAAGGUCAGCUCCCAGACGGAGAAUGGAUGAACGAGUCCUUUGCAGAUCAGAUUCCAAACAUCAGCGGAGGACCAAAAGAUGGCAGCAUGUGAGGGAUCACAGACCUCAUUUAGCUAGAUUUUAGAUAUUUCUUUCUUUUUUUAAUUAGUGAUGUCUGAGCAGAUUAUGGACACAUUUAGGAUGGAAGUUCUGCAGAAUCUUCUUUCUGCACAGUUAAUUUUUAAUUUUGUGGUAUUAAACAUGUAUAAUUGCCUUCACAGCACUCAUUGGAAAUCUGUGAAAUCAGGGAUGUGGUGAUUGCCUCUUUUAAAGAGGCUCAUGCAUUAAAAACCUAAGUUUUAGUACUGUUCUGAACUGCACUGUGCUGCAGUAAACGACAACGUUUAAAUCUACUGCUUGAACAGUAGAUUAAAAGUUAUUUUAUCAGCUCAACUUCUCCGUGUGACUCUGGAUGAUCCUCUGUUUGGAGUGAGGAUUAAACAUGUAUUACUCUUUCUUACAUUCAUGGUGCUACAAGCUAAUGAGACUCAAAAUGGAAACUUGAUGAAACAAAGACUCAAGAGUCUGUGAAGUUCCCCACAAGGAAACUUCUGACAGGCCUUUAACAUGUUACACAACUUAAAAUGGCUCUUACUACUUUGUUACUUUUUAUGUUUUGGAGAUUUUAGAACUGUUUCAUUCUUAUAAAAUGUGACUCUUAUGGAAUUUUAUGAAACAUUUGUUAAAUAAAAUGUCCAAAUGGUGGUUUUUCUAAAGUA